AUGGCAGAAAAUUCCGACUUUGCCACGUCCAUUUUGACGUCUACGCUGCCACGUGACGUCGCCAACUUCAUCCCCCAUUCGUUGGACCUAUCACAAACAUUGAUUGAAAAAAACUUGGUGGUAUGGUUUUCCAAUUAUAGGAAGAUGCUCAUAAGGUAUAAUCAGGAUUUGAACUUGUUGGUGGCAAACGGCAAGGAUUUCUUUGCCAAUUCGGGCGAGGAAUUCGGCCUGAUUGACAAAAUCUGGAAUUGCGUCGCUUCGUGUGUCACAUCUCAGAUAAGCGUCAACGACUCCUUGAUUAAGACGAUGCGCCACGAUGUGUUGGGCCAGUUGUCUGCUGCUAUGCGUGACGACGAAUUGACGGAAAUUAGCAAAUCAUUGGACAAUGAUGACCCCAAUGGCGAGUACCAGUGGAACGUAAAGGCUCCAGCGGUGCUUUCGAAUUUCGAGAACUACAAGCGCCACGAAAAAGGCUUGUUAUCUAGUAGCUUCUUGAGCUACAUGAAUGCUGUCAACGCCAAGACCUCCGAAAUGUUGCAGAAAAACGAAAACGCCGUUAACUACAUCUUGAAGGAGUUCAAUGUCGACAAUGAGAUGGCCGCUUAUGUGGACUACAUGACUCACGCAAAAGUCGAACCUCCCGCUCAGGCUGUAGGUGCGUCCAGUCGUAGCUCCACGGCUGCUGGGACUGCUGCUGCUUCGUCGAGCCCUGCCAAAAACCGCAGCUCCAGAGCCUCGGUGUCUAGCGGACUGUCUGAGACGAAGAAAAAGCUGAAGUUGCGCUCUAAAAUGGGUUCAAUUCUUGGAAGAAGAAAGAAGGAUAAGCAGACUAAAGCAAGCACGGUGGAUGCCAUUCCUGAAGACCAGUCAGUGUCUUCAAUUCCUUCCAGGCAGAACACAUACUCACGCGUGCUUCCGUACCAGAUAACCUGA